CCUCAUCCAUCAUCCUCAUCCUCCUCAUCCUCCUCCUCCUCUUCAUCGUCCCCCCCCUGCCCGUCCGCCUGCUCCUGCAGCGGCCAAUUGGGCAAAGUGGUUUGUACCAGGCGAGGCCUCUCCCGCGCCCCCCCCGGGGUCCCCCCCAACACCCGAUACCUCAACCUGAUGGAGAACAACAUCGCCCUGGUGCAGGCCGACACCUUCCGCCACCUGCACCGCCUGGAGGUGCUGCAGCUGGGCCGCAACUCCAUCCGCCAAGUGGAGGUGGGGGCGUUCAGCGGCCUGGCCAACCUCAACACCCUGGAGCUGUUCGACAACUGGUUGACCGUGGUCCCCAGCGGAGCCUUCGAGUACCUGUCCAAGCUGCGCGAGCUGUGGCUGCGCAACAACCCCAUCGAGAGCAUCCCGUCCUACGCCUUCAACCGGGUGCCGUCCCUGCUGCGCUUGGACCUGGGCGAGCUCAAGAAGUUGGAGUACAUCUCGGACGGGGCCUUCGAAGGACUGGACAACCUCAAGUAUCUCAACUUGGGCAUGUGCAACAUGCGCCAGGUGCCCAAUUUGACCCCGUUGAUCGGCUUGGAAGAAUUAGAGCUAUCGGGGAAUCACUUCCCCCGCCUCCAUCCCGGCGCGUUUCGGGGUCUUCGCGCCCUUCGCAAGCUCUGGAUCAUGAGCUCCCAGAUCAGCCUGAUCGAACGCAACGCCUUCGACGAGCUGACGGCGCUGGUGGAGCUCAACCUGGCCCACAACAACCUCACCUCCCUCCCCCACGACCUGUUCGCCCCGUUGCGCUUCUUGGUGGAGCCCCACCUCCAUCACAACCCCUGGGCCUGCGGUUGCGACGCUCUCUGGUUGGCGGCCUGGUUAAGGGAAUCCAUCCCCAGCAACUCGUCGUGCUGCGGCCGCUGCCACGCGCCGCCGGCCAUGCGGGGCCGUUUCCUUUUGGAGGUGGAACGAGCCUCGUUACGUUGCUCGGCUCCGUUCUUGGCCGACGCACCCACCGACCUCAACAUCUCCGAAGGCCGCGGGGCGGCUCUGAGGUGCCGGACGGGCGCCAUGGCGGCCGUACGUUGGUUGUUACCGGAUGGGGAGGUGCUGAGCCACGCGUCGGCCCGGCCGCGUUUAUCCGUCCUCCACGACGGCACCCUCAACUUCUCCCACGUCUUAACGGCCGACACCGGGCUCUACACCUGCAUGGCCGCCAACGCGGCCGGCAGCUCCAACGCUUCGGCCUACCUCAACGUCAGCGCCGCCGAGUUGGACGCUUCGGCCUACAGCUUCUUCACCACCGUCACCGUCGAGACCACCGAAGCGGCUCCGGACGACGUGGCAGCCCCCAAAGCGGCCAAAUCGGCCCCACCGACGGCACCCACGGCCUACAGACCGGCCUACACGGCCACCACCACCGUCCUGGUGCGCGGCACCCGCCGCGGCCCCACGGCUCCGUCCCCCAACACCGACCACCGCGACGCCGCUCCUCCUCCUCACACCAGCCUGGACGAGGUGAUGAGGACCACCAAGAUCAUCAUCGGCUGCUUCGUGGCCGUCACCUUGUUGGCAGCCGCCAUGCUCAUCGCCUUCUACAAGCUACGCAAGAGGCACCAACGCCGCGCCACCGUCACGGCCGCCCGCACCAUCGAGAUCAUACAAGUAGACGAAGACGUCGCAGCCGGCUCCGGUGCAACCAGCGGCGGCGGUGUUGGCGUCGGCGGCGUCGGGAUGCGGGGAGAUGGAAGCGGGGAGCACCGCGAGCGGCCGGCGCCGCAUUGCCCUGCGUCCUGGAUGGACAACAGCGCCCUGCAUGCGCCGGGAGCUCCCAGAGCUGAGCCUUUCCUGCUGCACCCGCAUUGCGGCAAGGACAGGGUGCAGGAGACGCAGAUCUGACCCGCAUUGCAAGGACGGUGUUGCAGGAGAUGCAGAGCUGAGCUGCGGUGCGCCCACGCUGCAAGGACCGGGUGCAGGAGAUGCAGAUCUGACCUGCAUUGCAAGGACCGGGUGCAGGAGAUGCAGAUCUGANUGCAAGGACCGGGUGCAGGAGAUGCAGAUCUGACCUGCAUUGCAAGGACCGGGUGCAGGAGAUGCAGAUCUGAGCCAGCGCUGCAUGGACGGCACUGCAGGAGAUGCAGAUUUGACUUGCAUUGCAAGGAUGGGGUGCAGGAGAUGCAGAUGUGACCUGCGAUGCACCCGCGUUGCAAGGAUGGGGUGCAGGAGAUGCCAAUCUGAGCCAGCACCGCAUGGACAGCGUUGCAGGAGAUGCAGAGCUGAGCUGCACUGCAUGGACAUGGCGCAGGAGAUGCAAACCUGACCCCACGCUGCAAGGAUGGGGUGCAGGAGAUGCAAACCUGAGCUGCACUGCAAGGACAGCAUGCAGGAGAUGCAGCUCUGACCCAACACUGCAAGGACAGUGUGCAGGAAAUGCAGAUCUGACCCAGCGCUGCAAGGACAGAGGGCAGCAGGUGCAGAUCUGACCUGCAAUGCACCCACGCUGCAAGGACAGGGUGCAGGAAAAGCGGGGCUGACCCCACACUGCACCCAUGCUGCACCUGCUCUGCAAGGACGGGGUGCAGGAAAUGCAGCUCAGAGCCCUCAAUGCACUGCACAAAUGAGGUGCAGGAAACGCACAUCUAAGCUGUGCUGCACUGCACCGCACUGCUGGGGUGCAGGAAAUGCAACUGUGAGCUGCACUGCACUGCAACGCAUGGAUGGGAUGCAGGAAAUGCAGCUUUGGGCACUCAAUACACUGCACGGCAAGGAUGCAGUGCAGGGGAUGCAGCUCUGAGCCUUCAAUGCACUGAAAUGCACGGAUGCAGUGCAGGAAAUGCAAACGUGCUGCGCUGCACUGCAUGGACUGGGUGCAGGAAACGCAGCUCUGAGACCUCAAUGCACUGAACUGCACGGAUGCAGCGCAGGAAAUGCAAACAUGAGCUGCACUGCACUGCACGGACUGGGUGCAGGAAAUGCAGCUUUGAGACUUCACUGAACCUCACUGCAAGGAUGCACUGCAGGAAAUGCAAACGCGAACUGCACUGCACUGCACGGACUGGGUGCAGGAAAUGCAGCUCGGAGUCCUCAAUGCACUGCACUGCAAGGACGGGGCACAGCAACUGCACGGCAAAGGGAUGCAGCGCAACAAAUGCAGCUCGGAGCCCUCCAUGCACCGCGCUGCAAGGAUACAGUGCAGGAAAUGCACAGCAUGGAUUGGGGUGCAGGAAAUGCAGCUCUGAGCCUUCAAUGCACCGCGCUGCAAGGAUGCAGUGCAGGAAAUGCACCGCAUGGAUUGGGUGCAGGAAAUGCAACUCAGAGCCCUCCCUGCACUGCGUUGCAAGGAUGUAGUGCAGGAAAUGCACCACAUGGAUUAGGGGGUGCAGGAAAUGCAGCUCUGAGCCUUCAAUGCACCGCGCUGCAAGGAUACAGUGCAGGAAAUGCACCGCAUGGAUUAGGUGCAACAAAUGCAGCUCGGAGCCCUCAAUGCACCGCACCCCAUGGAUUGGGGCUGCAGGAAAUGCACCGCACGGAUUGGGGUGCAAUAAAUGCAGCUCUGAGCCCUCAAUGCACCGCGCUGCAAGGAUGCAGUGCAGGAAAUGCAUUGCAUGGAUUGGAGGUGCAAUAAAUGCAGCUCGGAGCCUUCCAUGCACCGCGCUGCGAGGACGGGACGCAGGAAAUGCAUUGCAAAAAAACCCCACACAGCAAGGACAAAAAUACCCCCCCCCCCCCCCCCAUAUCCCCGCCCCCCGGCCCCCACAAAUCCCCCUUUUCUAACCCAUUUUGCUAGGGAAGAGGAGGAAGAAGAGGAGGAAGAGGAGGGGCCCAAACCUUCCACAUUGCAAAAUAAAAUAGGAGU